ACGUUGCUGGUCUUGUUUUCGAUCGCAUUGCUCUUUUCCAGUUGAACACUUGAUACUUUGAAAAAUCAUUUACAAUGGCAUCCAUCGCUCGCUCAGUCUUCCGCCGCUCGCUGGCCGUCAGCAGCAGACCCGCAUUCUCAUGCCGCAUCCCCAAUGCUGCCGUCUCUAGACCCUUCUCCGCUAGAUCGGCUGCACUCGCAAAGAAAUACACUCAAGACCACGAAUGGAUCGAACUCUCCCCCGACAACAAGACCGGCACAAUCGGCAUCUCCACCUACGCAGCAAAUGCCCUCGGCGAUGUGGUCUUCGUCGAACUCCCCACCACAGACCUCGAAGUCAGCGCCAACGACACCAUCGGAUCGGUCGAGUCUGUGAAGUCGGCUUCGGAUAUCAUGACACCGGUGGCAGGUGUGAUUGUGGAGGCCAAUGCCGUUUUGGAGGAGAAGCCUGGUACCAUCAACAAGAGUCCCGAGGGUGAUGGUUGGAUUGCCAAGAUCGAGGUCAAGGAUGUCAAGGAGGUUGAGGGUUUGAUGGAUGCGGAAGCUUACAAGGCGUUUACUGAGGAGAGCGAGGAGUAGAGCAAUGGCUAUCGGAAUUGGGAGGGGGGGGUGUUCAACCACGGGAAUUUUACGUAUGGUCUGGCAGGACCUUUCUUUAACAUGAGUACAGAGAUACGAAGGCAGUAGCGACGAAGCAAGC